AUGAAUAAUCCACAAAGAAAGCAAAAUGCAGUAGAAAAACAGCUUGCAGUAGUUUUAUAUAGAUUAGGUGGAAAGGCGACAAUUUGGGAUAUUGUUCUAAAUUCGGAAUUGCAGAAGGCUUUAAAAGAUUUAAAAAAAGAUGUUAUCUGGCCACGUGGUGAUUAUCGACAAAAGGUUCAUAAAGGUUUUGAGGAGAUACAUGUUCACGAUGCCAAAGUAUUUCGAAAUUCUAGUUUAUAUCAUUGCAGGAAUCAGCUUUUUGAAGAAACUGAUUAUGUAUUAGCUGAUUCUGCAUAUCCAAUUUCAUUAAAUAUAAUUCCUUCAUUUAAGGAUCCCUCGGGCUUAGAUAAAAAUCGGAAAAUUGCAUUCAAUCAAAAGCAUAGCAAAUCUCGAGUUGUAGUAGAGCAAGCAUUCGGUCGAUUGAAAAAAAAAAAUGAAGAUGAGUGGGAGGAACCUUCAGAGCAAAUAUCAAUGCAUCGAAUACAAUUUAAUGAUAUUAUUACACGAAGAGGUCAGGCAAUUAAAGAAGCAGGAAAUAUUAAAAGACAGAAUUUAAUAGAUAUUAUGUUAAGUUAA